AGAGAGAAUAACUUCCUGUUGACGUAGGGACGUGGGAGCGUACCGAAACGUCCGGGCAGUAGAUAUUCGAGCCUGUUGCACUUUUAGGUAAUUAAUUGUACUGUUUUAUUCGAUUUUAACUCAGAAAGGUCAGGUUUACACACUCAAAGGAUUCGAAAGGAGCUUAUUGAGCCGCUGAACCGCUUGUAAUUGAAUACACGCUAAACUGGACUAGAAGUUGUACGGGCUUCAGAGGUAGUCCUGCUUUCCCUCUCUGUCUCUGGUAGUUUCCACGGGAAUAGGGGAAGGUAAAAAUGCUAUAAUGAGCUAUAAUUUUCGCUAGACGUGUAAGGACCUGCACGACGCUGUUUUUUCCGUCGGUAUGGCUGAGGCGAGAAUCGAAGAUGAAGAGGAAAGUAUGAGGGAAGCAAGAGAUCGGGCGAACGCAUCUUCAGAGCGAGUGGAGAGGAACAAGCCUGAACAACGCCACUCCAGCAGUCAAGGAGCAUUCUCUUCGAUAAGAAAUGCCAUUAAAAGAACAUCUACCAGAUCAACAUCUUUCAGAUCAUCUACCCAAAUAGACCACAACAGAGACAGACGACGUCCAGAGAUCACAAUCCUGUCAGCUGAACCACUGGCCAGCAACGCCUGGUACCCCGGGACCCCGGCUGCUCCCUCUGCCCAGCCCACUUGGACUAGCAGUAUUCUCACAGUGCAACUUCCUCCACCUUCAUACGAACAGGUGAUCCGAGAAAAGAGCCUCGAGGAAAACAUCUCCUCCUCUCUCCCCACCCCUUCUGCUGUAUCCACGUCCUCUGCUGUCCCUGCCUCGUCCAGGCCGCCUUCUUCCUCAUCCUCUGCUCCCCAUCCGUCUACUGCCACCAUCGCCACGCAGACCGACACCGACGUUCCUUCUCCAGCGCGCGUCCGUACUAGACGCUCAGUUCGUAGACCCCCGAAACCGCCUCCCCCUGCCUUGCCACUCAUGCCUAAACCCGCACCUGUACACACGCGCUCGCUGAUCGACCUGGAUUCACCUGACUCGCCAUGUGACACGUGCAGCCUGCUCCACACAUUCAGUAGUGAGAUUCCAAGCGGACCUCUGUCGGAACAGCGCAGAGCUCGGAAUGACCUCAGUGACAGUGAUGUCACAGUGGAUCUCACUCGCCACAGCUCCGCCCCCACACUCUGUGACUCCUCCCCAGAUUCCCACGAUCCUCCGUCGCAGCAAAAAGUGUCCGCACAUCCCAGACCACAUCCUCGCUCGAAAGGUGGUUUGCAGCCAGUCAUCAUAGAGGAUGUUCUGGAUCAGCCAAUGACAAGAGAGGUCAAAGUUCAGACUUUAGUGCGACUCAAGGAUGAUGACACUGUGCAUGCUCUUGCAGGAUUUACUGAUGGUUCUUUGGAAUUUGCCUCUAAUAAGUACCUACAGGAAUUAUUGGAUGUCUUUGGUUAUGAUGAGCAGUGUUUGCAAAGUAACCAGAACAGCGAAAGUGACCAAUGUGGGAAGAGUGAAGAAGAAGAGGAGGAUGAUGAUGUUUCUGAGAGUUUUUUUAUUUCACCUCAUCCUUCAGAACCCUUAGAGAGACCAAAACCAAAACCAAGAACUAAGAACCCUAAACUGCCAGGAACCCCAAAACCACCCAGCCUGACACAUGGAGUCCCGGAGGCUGAAAGUCCUUCCAAGGAAAAGAGCAAGCAGGGAGAGUCCGAGGAAGAGCACAAGCAAGAAAAGUCCGAGGAAAAGCUAAGCCCUCCAGUGCCUGCCCCUAGGCCCGUGCUUAACAAAACAGCCACGUCCCAACAGCAGCAGAGUACCUCGGAAGAGAGCAGCCCACAGACGGGCCGACUCGCUCGACCCGCCGGACAUCCGGUGGCGGCCCGAAGGUCUAAAGCUGCUGCCCAGGAUGAAGGAGCCCUGUCUGGGCAUCCGACCGCAGCGGUGCCCCCAAAGGCUUCUGGUUCACCUGUUCCCACUCCUAGAGCAGCAAUGGUGUCACCCGAAAGAGGGAAAGGUCCCCUUGGCCCCAAGCAGGAACGUCCCCCGUUUCCAGCCAAGCCCCAGUCCCAGAAAAGACCUUCAUCAGCAUCCCGCACUUCUGGAAGGGCCACUGUUGAUAAAGCUUCACCCUCUUUUCGGUUGCUCCCUCUGCGUCCUCCUCCAAUCAAGCUCAUCAAAUCAGCAGGCUCCUCCCAGACUAAUGAUACAGCCAAUCAGCUCCCAGGCAGCAGGGUACCAAAAGGAGGCCCACCCCUGCCACCUAGACCUAAGCCAGGGCAUCCUCUCUACAAGGACUACACAAGCAAAGUUCAAGCAAGUGCAAAUCAGAACCAAACUGCAAGUAAGACAGUAAGAGAGGAACCCCCCUCCCAGAAGGAGAACCUCCUGGUACAUACGGACAACGCACACACUCCCAGACAAGCGCGCAGCAGUAGGGAGGUGAAAAGCCGAGGCGGAGACCUUCACGAGGACGCGUGUCCGGCGGCGCCAGCCGAGCCCACCUCUCAGCCACGGGCCAAGCAGGAGCUGAGGGGAGAGCAGCGUACAGAGCGGAAGGCGAAGACAGUGCGACAGCCAGAGCAGGAGCUGAAGGGAGAACAGCAGGAAGAACGACGAGCCCGGCUGAACGUCGGUGACAGUUGUGUAGCCCAGUUUGCAUUUGAAGGUGAGACGGAUGAGCUGACGCUGCAUGAAGGUGAUGUCAUCACGUUACUGGAGCGUGUGAAUGAUGAGUGGGGACGUGGCAGCCUAAGUGGACACACGGGCCUCUUUCCUAUCAGUUUUGUCCAAUCCAUUCCGGAAGUUUCGUUGUCAAGGAAAACUACAUGCGAAUCACCUGCCCCUGCUUAUGUGGGAGGGAAACAGACAGGCAGAGCCAUGUAUGAAUUCACACCAGAGUGUGAGGACGAACUCUGUCUCAAGGUGGGGGACAUAGUGUGCUCUCUGGAGUCUGUGGAUGAGCAGUGGUUCGAGGGGGAGUUCCGUGGGAGACGGGGAAUUGUGCCCAAAUCUUACAUUCAGGUUCUCAAAGACCCGGAAUCACUUCCGUAACGGAUGCAGCGCUGACCAGUGAAGGUUGUUCACAUGUGAAAACAAACCGGUGUCAACACUCGUGCAUAUCUGAAAGCCUCCUGCCUAACCGGACUCCAUCACAAUCAACUGUACCACAGCUGUAAAGCGCUCACUACUCACUGCUGAGGCUCAUCUCCUAAUGUGUCGUGAUAUAUACUUCACCUGUACCGUUUGUUUUUGGGUUUUUUUCUCGCUCCAAAGCCAACUGACCCUGCUCUGGUGCUGGGAGCUUGUUCUGAAAUAGCCACACUGUGAAGAGGGUAGAACGACGAGGGCAUGCCAAGUUAAACCCUUCCCAGACUGACGCUGACAGAUUUUAGAUGCGUUUGUAUUAAUGCUUUCCCUGUGUAUGUUUUUAUCUGGUGUGGAGUGUGUAAUCUGCCGUAUCUUGCGCCUAGUCUUGGACUGUGAAUAGUGACUUCCCACUGAAAACCCUUUGUAUUCUAGGACUACAUUUGUGGGAAAGAUGGGACAGAGAGCUGUUAACCCUGAUUAAACCCAGAUGCAUUCUCGUAAA